AUGUCACUGAUCGCUCAGUCUGCCUGUCUCCUGGACCGAUUGCCUCCCAGCUGCACAAUGAGAGCUAAAGCCUCAGACAUGCACAGUAAGGACUGCGUCAAAGUGGCUGUUAGGGUGCGACCAUUCAACAAGAGAGAGAGGGAUGCAGGCAGCCGCUGUAUCGUCUCCAUGGUGUCAACUUCCAUCAGCAUCAAGGACCCCCGUGACUCUCAGAACCGACGGUCGUUCUGUUUCGAUUAUGCCUACUGGUCCCACAGUGGCUUCACAAGAGACCACAGCGGCCUCUACUUUCCUGAAGAACCAGGAGGACGAUACGCUGACCAGGACAGAGUGUUCCAGGAUCUGGGAGAAGGAAUACUGGAGAAUGCACUUCAGGGUUACAACGCCACAUUAUUAGCGUACGGACAGACCGGCUCUGGGAAGAGUUACUCAAUGAUGGGCUACGGGCCUAACAAGGGCCUGGUUCCUAAACUCUGUGAUCGACUGUUUCAGGCCAUCAGAGAAAACCAAGAAAACAGACAAUGUCAGGUCUUUUUCAGUAUGCUGGAAAUUUAUAAUGAACAGGUGGUUGACCUGCUCUCUCGGGGGUCUCGUACUCCAUGUGGACUACGAGUCAGAGAGGAGCAGCAAAGAGGCUUCUAUGUGGAAGGUCUCCGUACAAUCCCCUGUGAGAGUGCACCACAGGUGGAGCAGUUGAUGGAGCAGGGUACCAGGACUCGAACCACAGCUGCCACUCACAUGAACGCCAACAGCAGUCGCUCACACAUGCUCAUUAUCCUCCAGCUCAAACAGAUCUUCUCUAAAGAGAGCAUCACGAAGCAGUCCAACAUUAACCUGGUGGACCUGGCUGGCAGUGAGCGCCAGCGGUCAUCAGGGUCAGAAGCUGACAGACUCAAAGAGGGUACGGCCAUCAACCUGAGCCUCACCACGCUGGGAAACGUCAUCAGCUCUCUGGCUGACAUGGCGGUGGGGAAGAAGGUUGUCCAUAUUCCUUACAGAGACUCAGUUCUCACCAAGUUGCUGCAGUCUGCACUGGGAGGCAACAGUCGCACUGUCAUGAUUGCCACAUUGAGUCCUGCUGAUAUCUGCUACGAGGAGUCUCUCUCCACCCUGCGCUAUGCUGAGAGAGCAAAGCGCAUCCAGAACCGAGCGGUGGUGAAUGAGAGCCCCACUGAACGCCUCAUUAAAGAGCUAAAGGCAGAGAACGCCAGACUGCUGCAGAGACUGAGCCGAAUGGGCCAGGAGGGACGCAGAGCCAGCGACGAGACCAAGGAGCUUCGUCAGCUGCUGACACACAAUGAGCUCCAGAUCAGAGCCAUUCAGACACUUUGGGAACAACAUCUGCAAGAGGCGCUGAAAGACUGGGAGCAACAGUAUGCCAACAUCACACAGGAGAGGAGGAUGAUGCAGAUGCAUCCCUACAUCCUGAACAUCAAUGAAGAUGCUCAGCUGUCAGGGGUGGUGAAGCUUUUUAUUCAAGAGGGUGAGUGGGAUAUCGGACUGUGUGACUCCUCCCCAAGAUCCAUCUCUAUCAAAGGCUUAGGGAUCCAGGAGCGUCAUGCUGUGUUCAGGAAUGAACAGCGCCGGGUAACUCUGACUCCUCUGGUGGGGUCAAAGGUUAUCAUCAAUGGGAACGCUGUUUGCCAGAUGACUGAGCUGCAGCAUCUGGAUCGUCUUAUUCUUGGUUCCAACUCUACCUACCUGUUCAUUGGUUAUCCAUCUGAGAGGGGUGGGGAUGACUGGAGCCGCUAUGAUUACGAUUACUUCCAGUCUGAGAUGGCUGCUGCUGAGGGCAUCCAUCUGGGUGAGUCCAGUAUGGGUUGCAGUCAGACAGACCCUAGUCUGCUCGCUGUCUUCUAUGAUUACAUCAAACUGAUGCCCAUGGUGGCGGAGGCCAACCAGAUGAGCCAGGAACUCAGCAAGGGCGUAGAAUUUAAGCUUGAGAUUAAGAAUUUGGCACUUUCAGACUCUAAAGGUCAUGAUCUGCAGAAAGACAUUAUUAUCAGAGUCACCUCUAAAGGAAGCAAACAGGUUUGGAUGUGGUCCAAGGCCAAGUUUGUCAACCGCAAGUUUCUGAUGGAAGAAGUCUACCAGCAGUACCAGGCUGAGCAGAAUGCUGACAAUAGAGCUGAUGGGGUGUCAGCUGUUACAUUAUCCAGAGAUAAAGACCCAUUCUGGGAUCCAAUUGAGCCUUUGCUUCUGGGCACUGCUCACCUCUGGCUUCAGUCUUUAGCCUUCCGAAUCCCACUAGAAGAGCAAUUAGAGGUGCUGGGUUCAGAGGGCACAGAGGAGGCCAUUCUACAAGCCCAGCUGGUCCCCUGUACUUCCACUGGACUCCCUCUGGGUGAGGACGACAUCCUGAUUGACCCAUGUGAGAUGCUGGGUAGACGGAUGGACUUCCAGCUGGUCUUGGAUCAGUGUUGUGGGGUUCGCUGGAUCAUGGAGGCCCGCAAUAGAGGGGUUCAGAUUGGUUUUAGGUUAUUUGACUGUAGCCAGCCUCUCUACACUCCAGCUGUGUGGCAUAACGUCAAUCCUCUGUUGGACCACCGAGUUCAUUUUGCCUCUCUCCACACUUCCCAGCACCUGCUAGACUACCUGCAGAGCAGCGCUGUGGUGCUGGAGCUCUGGGGCCUCCAAGAGGGCUGCACUCAUCUGAAGUCAUCCCUUGAAGCAGUGAGGAUGACUACAGAGGGCAUCUUCAUCAUUGACAACUCAGGUCCAUCAGAAGCUUCUGAUGUGGACUCUGCAGAGCUCAGCUGCUCACUAAGAGUUCUCCAACAAGACUUAGAAGAACUGAAAAGUGUUAACGCUUCACUGAGGAAAGAAAAUCACAGUCUGAGAGAACAACUGAACACAGCCAGGAACGCUGGCGAGGGUGGGCGCAGCCGGUCGGUGCGUCCUAGCUGUGAUGGAGAAUUUGCUCGGGCUCUGAAGGUUUUCUACCACAGCAUGACCUCAGUGAGGGGUCAGCUGCAGCGGCUGCGCAGACACAGGCCCAGUGAGGAGUCGGACCUGCUGGGGCUCAGACUGUUCGUAGAUGAGCAGAGUCGUCUGUUGAGAGAUUUCUCGGAGCAGCUGGAACAAAGCGUCUCUGCACUCAAACAAGACGUGGCCGCCAUCGUCCGCCGCAAACGGGAGAGAUCAGGAAUCUGGUCUUGACUCUGGGUUUACUGAUUUUCUAAGUAUUUAAAAGAGCAAAAAUAUGUUUCGUUACUUUUCAGCGUUAUAGAUAUUAUUGGUGCAGAGUAUUAAAUAAUUCUGAGUUACUGAUAAAAAGUGAGUUUCCAGAUUUUCUCUUUUCUUUCCUAUUUUAUAUAUUUUGUGUUAUGUAACAGAGAUUAUGUCUAUCUAUUCAGUCAGGUUUUGGUACCAAAAUCUCAGAUUUAACUCAAGCCCUUACUGUACAGUUAGGGCCGGAUUAAAGAUGCAGAGGCCUCUGGGCAUAGAGAGUUCUUAAAGAUCCCAUGCAAUCACAACCUAAAGGACAUUGUGUAUAUUGCUCAUCAUACAGGAUUUAUACCACAUUAAUGUAAAACUACGUUUCUCAGCUGGUGGCAACAAUAUCAAGAUGUCAGACAUUGUGGUGAAACUUGUUGGCCUAUGUAAAUUCCUGCUGUUACAGUCCUGUCUCUGUCCUCCUCUCUUGUCUCUUAGUGGACUUUUGCUCCUCAGCUUUCCAGGGCUGCCUCUCUGUAUCCGUCUCUCCAUCUUUCCACUCUACGUUUCGCCUCUUCUUAAGCUGAACUAAAACUUUGAUGGACCCGAUAUUAAAUGGAAAUUAAUGCAAA